CGCCCCAUCACGCCCUCAUCACGUGCCCUUGUCUCUCAAAUAAAACUGCGGGUGCAACACGCACUCUACAACAAUCUCGCAGACUGGCAAACAUCAGCACACGUUUCCGCCCCCACGAUGCCACGACCCCGAAAAUACUACGACGACGACGAGAGCGACGACGACGGCUACGCGCCUCCGCCCAGAAAGUACCGCCCCGAGAACGAGCCCCGAAAGCCCGGCCGACGCUCGAGGGGCGACCGGUAUCCCUAUGAAGUCGACGAUCGCAUACCUCCUCCUCCGGUGACCCCAAAUCCACCCCGCCAAAAGCCUCCAGUUGUCGAUCCUUCUGAAGACGACGACGACGAGCGUCCUCCUCGGCAACAACCCAGAUCCCGGCGGCCGAAAAGCCCCCCGCACGACGAUGGCAGGCCACCUCGAGAGACUCGCGACCCUUACGGGGUGGAUGAAGGAGAAAUACGGAAGAUACCAAGAAGCGGGAAGGCGGCGGCAGCAGGUGGCGCUCCUAGAGGGGACGCGGAUGAUCGCGAUGCAGCCCCCCGACGCCAAAGGCGCGGUGACGACGACCUAGAUCGUGAACCUGCGGGCAUGGCAUUGCCCGUGCGGAGCAAGACUCGCGAUAUCUCUCCUCCCAGGGAUGAUCGGCCUCGGAGACGGCCGCAAAGCUACGCGCCACCCGAUCCGUACGACUCCCGGGGCGCCCCACGAGACCGCCGACCGCCCGCACGCCGUUACGACGAUGAGGAUGACCGCGAGCCUCCACGCCGCCGAGACCGCGAGAGGUCCGGCUACAAAUCAGACGGCCCUGAUCCUCGCCGGCGUCGCAGCCGCUAUGACGAGGAUGAGUACGAAGAUGACCGCUACCCUCCGCGACGACGAGACGACGGAUACCGCUCUGAUCGUGCCCGCCGCGAUGCACCUCCUCCGAAACCCCGAUACGACGACUACUACUCGGACCAUCGCGAUGAUCGAGGUGCCAGGCGGGGAGGUCGGGACCGAUACGCAGACGAACGAGACCGACGAGACCGCUAUGACCGAGAUCCCAGAGACCGCUAUGAUCGGGAUCCCAGGGACGACAGAUAUAGAGACAGAGACGCUCCGCGGAGUAAGAAGGAAGCAGCUGAUUGGCAGAAGCAAGCCAAGACUAUGUUCAUGAAGCACGGCUUACCCGUGAUCAAGAAGGAGGGCGGUCGACUGCUCCAGAAGGAGGUGGCUAAAUUCUUGGCUGGUCAAGGAGGACGAUGAUCACAUCGUAUGAGGAUGGGCAAGUUUGAUCAUUACAUUACGAUACCAUGAUGAAAUUGGCUACUUUCCAGGAACUCUUUGGAUUGUUUGGCGUCAAAGCGGAUCUAUUAAUUAGGACAUCUAUCAGAUACAGCUUUUUGCCAUCUUCUCCCUCGUGCGCAUUAGAUAUAGUGUGGUACCAUGUUUUCCUGAAUCUCCAUCAAACAUUUUCCUUUGCAGUCUCCUCCUUCAAGUUUUCCAUCCCAUACUUAGUAUCCAAGUCUUUUCUUAACUCCACGCUCUCCUCCAAAAAGGUGAGCAGAAAUGCGACACCAGUAAAUACGAUCCCCACUUGCCAAGUUCUCUUCAA